AAAUGUCAUUCCCAAGCCAGCGUCCUCGCACACUACCUCAUACCCUGUGGCGUGGAGUACAGCCUGAUUGCUUGUGCCAUCUUCUACAAGUUGUUUCAACGCAUUGGCCAUAACGAACAUGGUGAGGCGAAUGGUGUGUCCGAGCAGAGGCUGGAUCAUUGUGCCCCUGACGGCCGUGUCUACAAUGAAUGCCACAGGGCCCACAAAGGACUCUUUGUGGGUCUCCUGAUCUUCAUGGCCACUCUGGUUGCCCUGGCCGUCUUCUACAUCCUCUACAAUGACCACAAGGUGCAGUCGGCUGUGACGCUGUACCAGGCCUCAAACAUCAUUCUGCUGGCGAUUGGUGUGAUUACAGUCUUCCUGGCGCUGCUACGGUUCCGUCUGUUGACGCUACGAAAACUCUCCGAAACGAAUGCCUUUGACGACAACCUCCUUCUGAUUGGCCUCCUGGGCAUGCUCUUCUAUGACAUGUUCCUCCUAGUACCGGCUGUUGAAACUAGAAAUAAAAUAGGCAUCACGGCAUAUCUGUUUGUCGCAAAAGCGGCUCUGGAAAUUGUUCAGUCGUUAAUGCAGGUGAGGAAACCUUACUUCAGUUUUCAUAGUUAUUUGCAGCACGUGAUACUACUUCUACCAGAAGAAGAAAUACAGAACAGUUGGUAA